CCACUUACAUGUAUAUAUAUGCAGCCGCUAUGUCAGCCAAUAUACUCGAUUCAACUUCUCACUCCAAGUCACAAGUCACGGCUGCGGUUUUUUCUCUUGCAGGUCAAGCCCACGACGCUCUUUCCUGGGUCAGGUCGGACGCACCCAAACAUUGUUUCGUCGCCCGUACCUUCCGUUCUUCUUUGCCCCCUUCCCACAUCCUCCUUUUCUCUCACAUAUAUAUAGCGAAAGCCAUAUUAACCGUUAUCGGAGAAGCUCCUCGACGAAUGGUUCGUUCGAUACUUAAAACCCAAUCUCCCCAAUCUUCCCCGUCUCCUCUACCUCCUCUAUCCCUCUCCAAACUACGUCAUCCUCGACUGUCGUCUCCUCCACCGCCUUUACCUCUCCCUUCACCCCACGUGCACUUCCCUCCCACUCCUACAAUCGUCUCCUCCACCUACAUCGCUCACUCCUCCUCCAUCUACGACAGAGCCCCGAUCGAAGUCAGCCCCAACUCCUGCGCAUUACCCGAACGCGGAGGUAGAGUUCUGCAUGCCGGUAGUCCACCUAUCUGUGUAAAGGGAGGAAAAACUGAUCAUCCACGUCACGACCACGACCACGAUGAGCAAAAAGGCAGUUACUUCCACCCUUUCGCUUACGAAGUCUGCGAACCAGAAGACAUCCCUUCCCCUUCAUCCGUCCCCCAACUUAUCCAAGACUCAUAUUCAUCCUCCUCGGAAUCCGACGAGUCAACGGAAUCUGAUACUGGUGAAUACCGUUCACCUCAUUUUUCGCCUAUACCCGUUUUACAUGCUAUCACUCCUACGGCGAUGUCGUUCUUACCCCAUGCGGGUCCGAAAAAGCGGUUGGGAUUGGGAUUGGAUGGGCUCGGGAAGGCUUCGAGACCCAAGUUGAAUAGGAGGAAGACGCCUGUGACUGGGUUGUACUAUUCGGGGAAGGUGGCGAGUGCGAGUAUAGAGGAGCCUCCGUCGUUGGAUGGAUGUUUAGGUGGAUUUUGA